CUCGCCAUGCACUGCCACGCCGAGCUGCGGCUGAGUUCUCCCGGCCAGCUCAAAGCAGCCAGGCGGCGCUACAAGACCUUCAUGAUCGACGAGAUCCUCUCCAAAGAGACCUGCGACUACUUCGAGAAACUGUCGCUUUACUCGGUGUGCCCGUCGCUGGUUGUCCGGCCCAAACCCCUGCACUCGUGCACGGGCUCUCCAUCCCUUCGGACAUAUCCUCUCCUCUCCGUCAUCACUCGCCAGCCCACAGUCAUCUCCCACCUGGUCCCUGCCACCCCAGGAAUAGCCCAAGUGUUGUCCCACCACCCAGCCACUGAGGCCACUCCUGUGGAAGCCCCAGGUGGUGAGGCUUUGGCAAGCAGCGAGUCAGAGACUGAGCAGCCAACACCACGGCAGAAGAAGCCCCGCCGCAGCCGCACCAUCUUCACAGAGCUGCAGCUCAUGGGCCUGGAGAAGAAGUUCCAGAAACAGAAGUACUUGUCUACUCCAGACAGGUUGGACUUGGCCCAGUCUCUCGGACUCACACAACUGCAGGUGAAGACGUGGUAUCAGAAUCGUAGGAUGAAAUGGAAGAAAAUGGUUCUUAAAGGUGGACAGGAAGCACCCACAAAACCUAAAGGUCGUCCCAAAAAGAACUCCAUCCCCACAUCAGAAGAGAUUGAAGCUGAAGAGAAAAUGAACAGCCAAGCCCAGAGCCAGCAACACCCAGAGAUUUCUCAUCAUGGUCAAGAGGGGUCCUGUGAGGGAGAGGAGCCAAGGUCAGCUCAUGGCCCCUUAGAAGUGGCAGAGGCUCCAGGGCAGCCCCAGGAGUUGUCAGGAGCCUCUUUGGAAUCCUCAUCAUCAAGUUAA